GUUUUCUGCCGCCAACUUAGAAGAUCCGUCCUUAUAUUAGAUCCCAUUCGUUUGCAGAGGAAGAAGCCUACCCAUCUGAGCUCCGAUGGUUGCGUCUGUGCGGUCGCUCAGCCCCAAGAAGCGCCAAUGGCUCGACAGUCUCAGCCUGUCCAACAACAAGAGCAGUCGUCGCGUCAAGCAGCAUCCGCGUCUACUUCAGUGUCGCGCAAGCGAGGGCUCCGCUGGCGAGACAGACUGCGAGAGCCUCGGCCCAGACGACGAUGUGGACAUGGACGACGCCAACACUGAGCCCAAGACGUUUUCCACCGAUAUUCAGACGCUGCCCGAUGAGUUGCUAGCUCUUGCGCUCGCUCAGCUAGACGGUCGCUCGCUGUUGGCAUGUGCUUCGACAUGCCACACCUUCCGCUCGUUGACGUUCGACCGGGAGGUCUGGAGGAAACUUUGCAUCAAAACCUGGCCGACAUUGAGAACCCAACUGCUGCCACAACUACCGGGAGCUCCGGACUAUGAUCUUGUGAGACUUUACGGAGGCUGCUGGAGACGCUGCUUUGUGGAGAAACACGCCAAGGAACAGAGAGCAGAGAUAUCGGUCAAAGUGCCCAAUUUUUCGGACGUGGAAGCCAUGAGAGACGUGGAAAAAGUCGUGUCGGAUACAUUCAGUAUCGGUGCACAUCGCUUUUGCCUCUGGGUUUUUCCUAAUGGCAACCCCAAUGAGGCGCAGUACAAAGGCCGCGUACUCAGUGUGUACCUCGUACUCACGGAUUUAUCGCUGCGUGCUCCGGACUGGCUCACGUGCGCCGUAUUCUCACUACAAGUGCAGAAUGCUCUGGAUCCAAGACGUCGACUCGAGUGGCAUUCGUGUCUGACAGACAACAAGUUCCACCAACACCUCAAUAAUUGGGGUGUGCACUCACUCGGAUCGCUUAAUAUGCUGCGAGACCCUCAGCAAGGCUUCCUAACUAGCUCAACUGGGGACCACACGCAGCCUGAUACACUCACCGUAUCAGCUCAGGUACGACUCAUGUCCAUUACGUUUCGUGUGGUAUUUGAACAUGAUCUCAGAAAACAUCAUCAGCUCGGUCUAGUGGAUUUUUCAAACGUGGCCGAGCUAGAGUUGCCGUUUUGCUGCUCACUACGUGACUUGCUAGUGGCACUACAUGACCAAUUUUCCGACGUGCUUGGACAAUACAGUGAAGAAGAUACAGCUACGAACAAGACGCGGGUGUGGUGUUUUAAUCAGCCAGUGGUGUCAGGGCAGGCACUUCGACCACGCAAACUGCUUACUUGCGACAAAUCUCAGCAAGAUCGACCGCUUUUCGGACAUUUGCUCUGUGACGGUGUGGAUAUUGACGCUUACUCGUUCUGCCGAAUUUACGUUGAGUGCAGUUCAAUGCCGAAUGAUCUCCCCCUGGAUCUACACGCUUGUGAACUUGAAACUGCAAAAGAUUAUAUGGAAACACCGGAAGGAUAUGUUUUUGUGAAGAUACUGCAACCAGCUCCUACCAAUCGCCUAGAGUACGUGGGUAGAGUUCGUGUUUUUGGAGCAUCAACACCUGAAAACACGGGCAAGCGUGAAAAUGGAAAGCUGGCGCCUAGUGCAGUAUACGAGGCUGUUGCGCGACAUACAGGUUGGAGUUGUGCGCAACUGAAAAUGUACCGCGAAGAAAUCGCCCCCAUUGUUGUGUCAGAAUUGAUACCGUACCACAUAUCAGCUGACAACGCAGGACUAAAGUCAGCAGAUAUUCUGAUCUUUUGUGUCAAACCCCAAGCAUUGCCACCGAGGAGUGUUUUGGACCCAGUGUACGAUCUGCUGCCCGAGCGUUACGCCGAAGCUCGUGAGCUCUUUAAUCCUAAUCGGUUGGUACCACCCACGCUAGAACAGGUUGAGAAAUUGGCUGAAAAGUUGGACAUCCCGAAAUUCCGCGUGCGUAGUGCAUUUCGCAGGUGUCACGAGGACGCACUUGCUACCUUGCGCUACAUCAUGGAGGGCCGUCACCUGGGCUUUAUCUGCGACUCUUGUGGCGAGACAGACUUUACCGGAGCACGGUUCAACUGCGCUGUGUGCAACGAUUACGACUUGUGCGCUUCAUGCAAUGGUAGGUGGUGACACUGCAUCAAUAUGGAUCGGAACUAAUCGCUGUGGUCUUGAUCUUGAAAGCAGUGCAAUCUUGCGAGAUCUCGCACCGCUAUGCUAACGUCGACGGUAAAUGGCAGCGCGUGUACAACUUUAAGGACCACAACACCAAGCACACCAUGCGCAAAAUGCUGCCGGUUUUCUAUGGAUGCGAUCGCAAGCACCAGUCGCAGCCACCUGAGGAAAAUCGCUACAAUCAUGAAAACGAGCAAUUGCUGGUGUGCUAAUCUCAUGUAAUCUUUAGGUUCAUUCAUUUUCUUACAACGUACUUCGCGUCACCCAGCGAAAAACUCGACUCGGAUCGGCUAGAUACCUGUAUCAAGUCUAAAUUAGAAACAAAAUUUUCAUCGCAUGUGCUUGAUGGUGCCCA